UCGCCCUCCCUCUCCCGUGAGGAACAUGAUGACGAUGCACCACGGCGUGGCCAAUGGGCAGCCAGGGAGGCGGUGAGGAGGGUGCGUCUGUGUGUUGCUCAUCUCUCCAGAGCUGAUCGAUGCUGAGGAGCAGGGAGCGGGAGAGAGAGGGAGAGGUGAGCUGGGCGAGGGCCUCGUCCAGGCAGAGGCACACCCCGACACGACCUGAAAUAUAAAACGCAAGGAGAUAUACAGGAGAGAGGGAGACGGAGGAAGGACACCGCGGCACCAUCUAUGUCAAGGGUGGAGCCAUCCACCGCCCAGCGUUAUUAUGGAUACACGACGACCAAAGAGACCCACCACCCUGGCUCUCUUCCCCCAUCGGGCCCAGCCCCGCUCCCAGGACACCAUCAACAACAACUCUCUAUCAAAGAAAGAGAGCUGUAAAGAUGGCCGCUCUGCCUCGCCCCGCAUCACAGGGGAGUCAGCCCAAGCAGGGGCCAGCCGGUCGCAGAAGACUGGGGAGAAAGUCCUGCUGGGCAGCCGUCGCACCGCCCCCAAGCCCCCCGGCGCCUCCGGAGCAGGGGGGGGCAGAACAAAGACAGACAGUCACACACCCGCGGGUGCAGCUGCAGACACACAGACCCGACCGCAGGGAGACAGGAUAAAAACGAACUCCACCAGCGGUGUAUCAAGUUAUCCUCGUAGAGGAGCAGGAGCAGGAGGUGCAGGUGGGGGAGGAGGGGGGAGAGAGAGAGGCCCAGGCACAGCCACUGGCCGAGGAAGAGGAGGAGGAGGAGGAGGAGGAGGAGAAGGAGAGGUGUCAAAGCGAGGAGGUCGGCUCUGUGAGGGCCGGGUGAGGAAUGGACCUCCGCCGGCGGCGACUGGAGCUCACAAAGUAAAGACGCAGAAGGUGGAGGACAAAGGGAAGGCGGCGUCCAGAACCGGGGACCGUGGCAAAAGAUCCACCGGAGCGGCUGGAGGGGGCGGCAAGGUGAGCAACCUUCUCACGGGCCCCAACAUUUGUGUGGCGUCAAUGGUGGUCCCUCGCACCCCCGUCGCUCCACGAAAGCAGAGACCCAAAGACCCGGAGAAGACGCAAGACAAGACGGGGUCCCACGACAACCGAGGGGCCCAAGACAAGACGGGUUCCCGCGACAACAGAGUGUCCCAAGACAAGACGGGUUCCCGUGACAACCGAGGGUCCCAGAACAAGCGGCAGAGGCAGCAGGAGGAGCAGCGCAGGAGAGAAGCUACAGUACAAAACGACGUCAGGAACCAGAGCUCCCCGACGGCACUGUCCCGCUCUAACAGCGAGUCGGGCUCCAACAGGAUGUCCAUCAGCUCUGACAUAGAGGGGCCCGUCUCGGACCCCCUGUGCCCCGCCGCCACCCUGCCGGACAGAACCAACACGGACAUCCGGGAGGAGGACGGCGAGGGCGAGCCGGCCCCGGUGGCGGUGGGCGCUCUCAACGGCAACGGCGAGACCCAGAGAGAGACGCACGGCCCCUGGAAGGACGCAAAGAACCGCCAGGCAGGGACGGACGCAACCAGAGAUCAGCUGAAGGGCGACGUGCCGGGCGGAUUGAGUUACAGCUGUAUGAGGUACGGCCUGGGGCCGGACGGCCAGCCCCUGGAGCUGGACCUGGCCACGGAGCUGGCCAAGGGCCGCAAGGACGACGACAGCGACACGGAGACCGUCUACCAGUCGGCCAACGAGGAGGAGGACCCCGAGUACGAGGAGGAGAGGACACGGCUGGAGAGGGAGAGGCUGCAAGAGCAGAGGAUAGAGGAGAGGAAAAGAAGGGAACUACAAAACACAAGGCGAGAGGAGGUGGUCAAACUCAUCAGGCAGUCCAAGAUGGUUGCUGUGACAAAGAGUGUGGAGGAGCCCUCCAGCAUUAAGAGCAAAGCACCGGCAACCAGGAAGUUCCUCAACUUGUUUGUGAACGGCAACCAGUACAAGUCCACCGGUGCUGAGUCAUUCGGAGUGUUCUCCUGCUUUCUGGACGGAGUGGAGAAACAGCAAAGCCACAGAGCUGUCUACAGGUUUGUCCCCCGCCAUGCUGACGAGCUCUACCUAGAGACAGAUGACCCUGUGCUGAUGGUGUCCCAGUCGGAGGACCUUUGGUGCCAGGGUUACAACAUGAGGACCGGAUCUACUGGGAUCUUCCCCACUUACUAUGCUGUCAGGGUCUCCAAGGAACCCAGCCACGCUCCUACUGACGCUUGGAUGGAUCAGUUCCCGGUGCGGUUCCUGGGUUCUGUUCAGGUCCCGGUCCACCAGGGAAACCACGUGCUCUGUGCGGCAAUGCAGAAGGUUGCAUGUAACAGGCAAAUAUCUAUGCAACCUCCACCUGCCUGUGUCCUUGAGGUUAGUGUGUCUGGUUUGAAGAUCAGUGCCCAGGACAAGUGUUGUUCCUCUACCAGGGGUGACCAAUGUUCACAUUUCUUCCAAUUGAAGAAUAUCUCCUUUUGUGGCUGCCAUCCAAAACACAACAAGUAUUUUGGCUUCAUUAGCAAGCACCCGGACCAGCAGCGCUUUGCCUGUCACGUGGUGACGACCGACGAGACAUCCCUUCCUCUGGCUGAGUCCGUAGGGAGGGCAUUUCAGCAGUACUACGCGGAACACAUCGGCUACUCCUGUCCCACCGAGGACAUCUUCAUCGACUAGACCCUAAAGUCCUUUGUAAAGCACUGCACUCGUUUUUAAACAGCAAACUGGAUGCCGUUUCUUCAAACUACCUGGGUAGUAGACAUUCCCUUUCGUUCCCCAAUGGCAGCCUGUCAACUAGCACAUGACUUGAGAUACUGCGAUGAGUUGAUCGAGGCGCGGUUGGAGGGAGGAGGAUGGAGAAGGUCAGGGUUAGUCUAUGUGUCUCACAUGGAAUCACAAAGGGUGUUUUUGUGGCUCUUUAAAUACGUAUGGAUGCAAGUAGAUUGCAGCUUUUGGUUCCCCAAAGUUAUAAUAAUGGCAUGUAAAACUAUUUGACAAAGAAGAUGUGAUCAUUAUUGUUGUAUAGGCCAACUAUAAUCCACUCAGUGUGCAACCGUGGCAUCAAACCAUUGAAGAAUUAAUGUCACGGUCUGACUGAAUAUUGGAUGUAGACUCAUAUAACCAUGCAAGUCCCUUCCCUCUUAGGGGCCCGGCCCCUACAGAAAUGUUCCGUACACAAAGCAAACAGAAACCUCCACCUGAGGACCUAGACCUGAUCAAUUAUUUUCAGGUGAGAAACCCAAGAUUAGCCACCUCAACACUUGACAAUCAUUAAGAUAUUGAGGGAUAAUUCUUGAAAAUCACUUGUGAUUUCAAGUGCCCAAUUUCUAUUUUUUUGCUGCUUGAUUUAUCCUUUUCAUCCAUCUCUAAACAAAGUUAUCCAAAUAUGGCUUCUAACCAAGACAUAAUUCCACAAUAUUUCCUGGUAGUGUAAGAUGUUCUUUUGUCUUUUAAAAACAAGGCCCUUAUGACAGAUGUGCAAUUUAACAUUUCUAUGACCAAUUAAUCCAUUGCAACGUUCACAUCGCAGUGCAGUCACAUUAUCUUUCGCAUUACUAGCUUGAAUCCUAUUGGCUAUGAGAAAGAGAACAAACUGUAUUGAAGAUUAAGGCGAGAUCUCUGAAUUGGAUUUCUGUGAGACAUUCAUGAGACAUCCAUGUGCUUUAUCCUGCUACAACAACCAUAAUCAUAAAAAAGGACUCGGCUGAAUCCAGCAUUAAUCCAUCCAAGAAGAUUCUACACAGACAAUUGUUCUGCCAUGCAUCUAUGAUUUUAGUGGCAGUUGUGAGAGGAAAUGUUUGGACAGUUGUCUCCUGUAUUUUGGAAAAAAAAAACAGUGCCUAUUUUCUGUGUAGUGGUAAUGACUGUGUUGAGUGUUGAUUGGAGAAGCCUGAAGAUCACAGAACUUAGUGGCUACAAAAGUCAUGUCUAUUUAAAUCAACGUUUUAUCUGUCGCAAGAUAUGGCAUAUGGUACACCUAAGAUGUCUUGCUUCCAGGGAAUGGUUGUGUGUAUAUAUAUAUAUAUAUAUAUAUAUAUAUAUAUAUAUAUAUAUAUAUAUAUAUAUAUAUAUAUAUCUCACAAGCAUCACUUAAGUUACCGUUUCAUUGCAGUGCUGAACUUCCGUCCUCUUGAGUAAAAUGGGCUUUUCAAAAUAGUCGUCACUAAUGUGUGGCACGGGCAUCAUCUUAGGUGUACUUUAAGGAGGUUGAUCACUAUAAUGUUGACAUCAUGUCCAGUCUGUAUCACUGCAUAUCAGUGUUUUAAAGAUAUAAAUAUAUAUAUAUAAGAUCACGGUGGUGACAGUAAUUAUUGUCAAUAAAUCACAUUUAUAAGCAAGA